GGGGGAGGGGUCUGCGGGCGCGCGCACGCGUCCGGCGCGCCCCCUCCCGGCCGCCAUGUUGGCUGGUGUGUGGGUGUCAAACGGAGCCAGACGCGGCGGUGGCGGCGGCUCCGCGGGCUCCGGUGGCUCCCGCCUCCCCAGCGCUGCCGGCGGCCGCAGCGGCGCACCCACGCCGGCCCGGAGGAGCAGAGUGUUCAUUUCUGUGUUGGGCACAGUGCUAAGUGCUGGGUGCUCGCUGGUGAUGAGGCAGAUGAAGGUUACCAAACUUGUGGACAGGAGCCUCAUGUCACAGAUGUGGACCUCACUGUAGCCUGGUCAUGGCUUCCAGCUUUUCGAAUCUGAGGCUCCAAAGGAGGAAAUGACCGUUCAGGGAUCUUACUCCAGCUUGAUUACGGAAACUGAACCUUCAUAGGGUGCGCACUUACCAAGGACAGGAAAGUUUCUCUCUUUGAAGGGCUUUAAACUUAUAACAAAGAAAAUAAAAAUGACGACUUCGUCUAUCAGACGGCAGAUGAAAAACAUUGUGAACAAUUACUCGGAGGCAGAAAUCAAAGUCCGGGAAGCCACCUCCAAUGACCCGUGGGGACCAUCCAGUUCUCUGAUGACCGAGAUCGCCGACCUGACCUACAAUGUGGUGGCCUUCUCGGAGAUCAUGAGCAUGGUGUGGAAGCGGCUCAAUGACCAUGGCAAGAAUUGGCGGCAUGUGUACAAGGCGCUGACCCUGCUGGACUACCUCAUCAAGACAGGCUCUGAACGCGUGGCUCAGCAGUGCCGUGAGAACAUCUUCGCCAUCCAGACCCUGAAGGACUUCCAGUACAUUGACCGAGAUGGCAAGGACCAGGGCAUCAAUGUGCGUGAGAAGUCAAAGCAACUGGUGGCCCUCCUCAAGGAUGAGGAACGGCUGAAGGCUGAGAGGGCCCAGGCUCUCAAAACCAAAGAGCGCAUGGCCCAGGUUGCCACUGGCAUGGGCAGCAACCAGAUCACUUUUGGGCGAGGCUCCAGCCAGCCCAACCUCUCCACCAGCCACUCGGAGCAGGAGUAUGGCAAGGCUGGGGGUUCCCCGGCCUCCUACCAUGGCUCCACCUCCCCACGAGUGUCCUCCGAGCUGGAGCAAGCCCGGCCCCAGACUAGUGGAGAAGAGGAGCUUCAGCUGCAGCUGGCACUUGCCAUGAGCAGAGAAGUGGCUGAGCAGGAAGAACGCCUCAGGCGGGGUGAUGACCUCAGAUUACAGAUGGCCCUGGAAGAAAGCCGAAGGGACACAGUUAAAAUUCCAAAAAAGAAAGAGCACGGCUCUCUCCCACAGCAGACUACGCUGUUGGAUUUAAUGGAUGCUCUCCCCAGCUCAGGCCUUGCAGCCCAGAAAGUGGAGCCCUGGGGCCCGUCGGCCUGCACUAACCAGACCAACCCCUGGGGCGGGCCAGCAGCUCCUGCGAGUACUUCAGACCCCUGGCCAUCAUUUGGUACCAAGCCAGCUGCCUCUAUUGACCCAUGGGGGGUGCCCACUGGAGCCAGCACACAGUCUGUCCCCAAGAACUCGGACCCCUGGGCAGCUUCACAGCAGCCUGCCUCCAGUGCCGGGAAAACAGCUUCUGACGCAUGGGGUGCAGUCUCCACCACCAAGCCCGUGUCUGCCUCUGGGUCCUUUGAGCUCUUCAGUAAUCUGAAUGGUACAAUUAAAGACGACUUUUCUGAAUUUGACAACCUUCGGACUUCAAAAAGAACAGCCGAAUGUGUGACCUCUCUGCCAUCCCAAAACAAUGGAACUACCAGCCCUGACCCCUUUGAGUCUCAACCCCUGACCGUUGCCUCAAGCAAGCCCAGCAGUGCCCGGAAAACACCUGAGUCCUUCCUGGGCCCCAAUGCAGCCCUGGUGAACCUGGACUCACUGGUGACCAGGCCCACCCCACCAGCUCAGUCCCUCAACCCUUUCCUGGCACCAGGUGCACCCGCCACCUCGGCUCCUGUUAACCCCUUCCAGGUGAACCAGCCCCAGCCGCUGACGCUGAACCAGCUUCGGGGGAGCCCGGUCCUGGGGACCAGCACAUCCUUUGGGCCUGGCCCAGGAGUGGAGUCCAUGGCUGUGGCCUCGAUGACCUCCACGGCCCCACACCCAGCUCUGGGGGCCACUGGUUCCUCUCUGACCCCGCUGGGCCCUGCAACGAUGAACAUGGUGGGCAGUGUGGGUAUCCCCCCAUCUGCAGCCCAGGCCACCGGCACAACCAACCCUUUCCUCCUCUAGUGCCUGGCUUGGGACCCGCCCAAAGCACCUGUGCUGGAGGAUGCCGAGCAGGGACUCUCGUCUGUGGGACGGGAUCCAAGAGUUUGGGGAUUAGGGGUAUUAGGGCUUUUCAGCUCCAGCUUCCUGAUGAAAGGGCUGUCUUUACAGCCCCAACCCUCGGACCCUCGCCUUCCAAGGCAGGCCCACUUGGCCUGGCCUGCUCUUACCACCUCCUCCCAAGCACUCAGGUCCUGGCAGGGCCCCUCUGAGGCCUUGGAUGAGGAGGUGGAGUCAUCAGUAUUGCCCUUGUCCCCAGCCUCAGCCAGAGGGUCUCCAGGACGUUGCCUGUCCCAGGACUUGGGACAGUGGCCUCAUCUUUGUCCUCCCCACCCCCCAGCCCUAGGGACACCCCAGGCAGUCCUGGGUGUGGACACGAUGAAGCACCUGCUCCAUAAGACACUGACCUUUUGGGGAAGUGGUUGUGCAUAUUUUAUUUUUCUUUGACUCGUGUGAGUUCAAAGUAAACACCACCACCGUGGACAACUCUUGAAUUAAAUCCACUAGAGCGAGCUUUAAAACUAAUCUGAGCAUAACCCCCAACGUGGCUCUAUGCUUGUGUACCUUUGCACAUAUUUUGUUUAGUACAGUUUCAUAUUUGAGUUUGCAAAAUUAUCUAAUAGUCUUUUUUUGGCUAAUAUUUUUAUAACGUGGUUCUUAUUUAACUGUCUAGUUUUGAUAGAAUUUACCAGGUCUGGCUGAAUGAAGAUAUUGGCACGUGUUAUUUUAGUGGUUUAAAUCCUCUUAUUUAUGGUUUUAACUCUAAGAAAAUUUUAAAAGGAAGAGAUGUUUGGAUGACAAAAAAAAAUGCCUUAUUGAAAAACUAAAGCAAAUUCUUUAUAGGAAGAAAAUAUGGGAAUUUGAUUACACAUAGAUGAUGUUUAUUUAAAAAAAAAAAAAAAAACUACAACAGCAACAAAAAAUCCUAGCCUCCAGUUGCCUUUUCCUUUCAUUAACUCCUGUUUUUGGUGAAUUACUAAACUGAUUGACUUUCAGCCUUAUUGGCUAGAUCCUGAGCGAGAGGCUAUUUUUCUUACUGAUAUACCAACAUCCUGAAAGUUAAAGAAAAAAAUCUAAUGUAUGAAUGUGACUCACCAAUUUUUAUCAACUAAUUCCUUUUUUUUAUUAAAGGCAUGCAGGGAUUAACAAGGACUUCUGUUUACAAUGGAAAUCUGAAAUGGAAGAAACAUCUUUAACCUUGUGUGUCUGUGAUCUCCUCUGUCUUAAUCCACGCUCAGGCUAAAGAUGGGGAUAAUGUGGAAAUGGCAGUUGUCCUGAGGGCAUGGGGGUGGGGGUGCUUCUGUGCCCACGGGUCCCUGGGCAAUAGUCCCUAGGCUAAGACGGGAGUGGGGGGCUAGGGGACCAGGGCUGGCCCUGAUCCACCUACCUGCUAACUCCAGACAUUAUUUUUAAAUUGGAGACCUAAAAAUAAUUAUCUUAUAUUUUGGAGAUGAAGGAAAAAGUCAUUCACCCGGGACAGAUUUUUAACAAACAUGCAUUAAUAUUACCUCCCUCUUCCAAACUCCUGCUGUCCUCACCUCACCCACCACUGUAAAAGUAUUAUGUCAUGCAUUAAAGACCAGAAAAAACUUGCUUUUACCCAGGGAAGGGACAUUCCACCAAUCCUGUGUCUGGGCAGCUUGCCUGGUGGACGUUUCUGGCCCCUUUUCCACUAUGGGAAUUUCUCACCUCCAGCUCUUUAAGGGCAGCCGACCACCUGCCAGCCCCUCUCUGGUUCCAGAAGAUCUAACCCUUCGCACUAGCGCAGGAGAGAUCUUAAAUGGUCUCCGGGCUGCUGGGACAUGCAGGCUGUGAGUGAGGACUGCACCCACUCAUGCUGUUCCUGAGGCCGCCGUCUCCAGUCCCAGCAGCCAUGUCUAGAGUUCCUGACCAGCCACCCUCUGCCAGAACUGCAGGCCUGGGGCUGGGCCUUAGGCUCCUGCUGCCAUUCGGGUAAGCCGGUGGCUGGUCUCGUCUGCUGGGGGAAGGGUGGGUGGGGAGGUGCAGUGGGAUGGUAGGCGGGAUGCUUGCCCAGAAAGGUGCUUUCCUUCAGAUGGUGCAGGGCCUGGGCCAGCCUUACAGGUCAGUAGACCAGACUCGACUACUUGGGGUCAGUGAUUCUUUUGUAACAGAAGAGCCCUUCAUGACACGACUUUGAGGCCCCAACAUGACAGCCACUGGGCCACCAGGACCCAAGACGACAGCCCCCACCCCAUCUGGCACAGGCCAUCCCGAGUGCAUGUCCCUGUUGCCCACUGCACUGAUCAUGAAGCCACCGGCCACUGCCAUGCAUGUUGGCGCCUGUGCCAUCAUGCUCCCUCCUGAUGGGCACUGUGGUGGAGGAAGUCACCCAGCUGUUUCUCAGUCCCAGAGGCCGGUGGCUGGUUUUGAACUUGUGUUGACUGUUGAUACUUAUUUACUGUAUAAAUAUAAUUUAUCAUUUGUACCAUG